AUGGCCGCCGGCGGCAUCGCGGCUCACAGACGCGGGGGCCUGAGCCGAGCGGUCUCUUAUUUCUGUGUAUUGUUAGUUCUCCUUUUCACAAAUGUAUACAGUCAGUCACAGGAACACAGUUUCCUUCUUCUUUGCUGCCUCACUGCACAAAAAUACAUUUAUCCAAGUCAUCUAUUGGUCAUCAAGUUUUACAGGCGCCAAACCAUAUCUCUCACUGAAAGUCUGCUUGGAAUAAUUGAAAUCAUUAUUUCGUCCUGCAGUGACACUGACGUCCACACGGUGGCAUCGUUGCUCAAACUGUACCUGAGGGAGCUGCCGGAACCCGUGGUUCCCUGGAGCCAAUACCAAGACUCUGACGCAGCCUACAAGAUCGACCCCAGCACCACGGGCCUGGAGAGCUUGGAGAAACAGAUCGCCCUCAUUCCCAGGAUAAACUACAACCUGCUGGGCUACAUCUGCAGGUUCCUGUUCGAGGUGCAGCUGGAGUCCAAGGUGAACAAGAUGAGCGUGGAGAACCUGGCGACCGAUGGAAUCAACCUGCUGAAGCCCCAGAUAGAGGACCCCAUCACCAUGAUGAAAGCCACGCCCCAGAUCCAGCGGCUGAUGACGCUGAUGAUCCACCACGAGGAGCUCUUCCCCCCCGCCCGGGACCUCCCGCCCUCGCCCCCCGCCAGCAAGACCCGGAAGAAGAAGAGCAGCGCCCCCCGGAGCUUCGUGGGCUGGGAGGGGGCCGAGAUGGCCGACGCCUCGCUGUCCGAGUCCCCCGAGGAGGACGAGGACAACGACAGGCGGAGGACGGCAGCCCCCACCCAGCCCUUCCCCUCCCGCCUGGACCCCUCCGCCUCCAGCCCCCGCAAGCGCACCCAGGACGCUGCCCAGCUUCCAGCAGCCCCCCCGGGGGGCCGCCAAGAAGGGGAGGCCCUGAACCAGCGGAGCUGCACGCAGGACGUCCCGGAGGAGAGGAUGGGGACGCUGUCGGAGGACAUCUUCAAGAUCCUGGACCUCCACCGGGUGGCGCUGUUCGGGAGCAAGACGGAGCGGGAGGCGGGCCAGGAGGGCGGGGAUGUGAGACGGAGAGGAAGCCGGGGCUCCGCCUCUUCCCCCAAAUCCCCGAGAGUCCCCCGGGCGUCUGAAGAUCCCCCAGCACCUGCUGAACCACAGAGCCCCCAGGCCUUCAGCGGCUCAGGUCCUGGUCCUGGUCCUGGUCCUGACCCUGACCCUGGUCCUGGUCCUGGUCCUGACCCUGGUCCUGCUCCUAGUCCAGGCCCUAGUCUUACUCCUGCUCCUAGUCCAGGUCCUGGUCUUGGCUCCAGCCAGCCAGAGAGCCAACAGACCCUCCAGCAGAUCAUUGAGAGCCUGCAGCAGAGGAACGCUGAGCUGUCCUCCACCGUGACCCAGCUGACCUCCUCCCUGGAAGAAGAGCGCCGCCGUGUGGCCGCCCUGGAGGCGUGUCUGAGGAGCGCUGGCCGCAGCCACGACCACCCCUGCCCCGACCUGAACACAAUACUGUGACACAUCACCCAGCGGCCAUCUUGGAUGGCCAUCUCGGGCGGCCAUCUUGAAUGGCCAUCUCGGGCGGCCAUCUUGGAUGGCCAUCUCGGGCGGCCAUCUCGGUGCUCAACGGUAACUGGGUGGAGGACAUCAAAGCAGAACACAUCCAGUUAGCUCCACCCGGCUCCACGUAGAACCAAGAUGGCCGCCUGUCAGGGAUGGCUCGUUCUCACGGGAACCUGAACGCCGUUCUUUAGAACACAAUUACAAUUACAAUCAGGGCAUUUAGCAGACGCUUUUAUCCAAAGCGACUGACAUCGGUUAACACACACAUUGACACACCGACGGCAGAGUCAACCAUGCAAGGCGACAGCCAGCUCGUCAGGAGCGGUUAGGGUUAAGUGUCUCGCUCAGGGACACAUCAACACUCAGCUAGGAGGAGCUGGGGAUCAAACUAGCAACUAGCUCUACCUCCUGAGCUAAGCCCGACCCCCCCAACCCCUCAACACGGUUGCUGAGUUACGAGUGUAAGGCCUGUGUUGCCCAAUGUUUAUCAUGUUAUUUUUAUUAUUAUGUUAAGAGAUUCACAUUAAGGACCACCACUAUUUUAUCACCUUGCUCAAAGACAGACUAUGCUUUUCCUCAGCAUCUUAAAAUAUUUUAGCAUCGAAUGUAUCAAAAUUACAGUAUCGAAUGUCAAGUCAUUUAAAAUGUUUUGUGCCAUGAAUAAAGUUCAACAAACCUCUUUAA